AAUGGGCCGACCUCCCAAAGAUGUGCUCAUUUUUCUCCUGACGAAGAUCAAUUACUUAUUGAUUUUAUCCACAGAAAUGGCCAUAGUAAUUGGCUUGCGCUCCCUAAGAAAGCAGGGCUUCUUAGAUGCGGGAAAAGCUGUCGUCUGCGGUGGAAUAAUUACCUUAGACCAGACAUCAAACGGGGGAAUUUUAGUUGAGAGGAGAAGCGAGCAAUCAUUAAACUUCAGGAAAUUUUCGGCAACAGGUGGUCUGCCAUUCCCUCACGCUUGCCUGGAAGAACAGAUAAUAUGAGAUAAAGAACGUGUGGAGAACUCAGUUGCAGAAGAAUCUUCUAGAAAUGGCAGUCGAUCCAGUGUCAAAUGCAGCACCAGCGCGUUUUACUUCACACAAUAACUCCAAGUACACUCAUGUUUCAAUGGAGCCAAUUCAUUUAUUCAAGGAGGACAGGACUUCUGAGAUGUGGCAAAAGCUGUCGUCUGAGGUGGAUUAAUUACCUGAAACCAGGCAUUAAACGGGGAAAUUUCAGUGCCGAAGAGGAGGAAGCCAUUAUAAAACUUCACCAGAUUUAUGGCAACAAGUGGUCUGCCAUUGCCUCACGCCUGCCUGGAAGAACAGAUAAUGAGAUAAAGAACGUCUGGAAUACCCACUUGAAGAAGAGUCAUCUCCAAAUGCCAUUAACGACUAAGGAUUCGCCUGCAGAUGAUUUGGGUAUAAAAUUUCCAUGUGAAACAAAGGCUUCUACUGAUUGUCCCACCACAAUCUCUCACUUAUCCGACUCAGACAAGCCGUCAAGUGAAAUUUUUCCAUGUAUGAGUAACAUGGAUAGUGAGAGUAUCACUGAGGAUUCUGCUUCAACUUCAGAAUGGCCUCAGUUGAAUCGUAUAAACUCAUUUGUUGGGUGUGAUCAAGAUCCUUUAACUAUUGGAGAUGAUACUAAUCUUGAGGAUUUUCUUAUAGAUAAGAGCAUUAUAUUGGAAGAAAGGUGGUUUCCAAUGCAAAGUGAGAAUACAAUCACAUCAGAAAUGACUUGGGAGCAAAGCUUAAACCUGAAUGCUCAUUAUUUCAUGUCUUCUUAUCCGGAAGAUGAUAUUUUAUGUAGUACGCAUAGUGAAGGGGCACUGUGGAAUAGGGUGAUGGGGGGUGAUGAUGAGGAGGAUCCCACUGAUUACUGGUUGAACGUUUUGAGUCAAACGGGGACAUCGCCCUCAUUCUAGCAAGUCACUCCACUUGCUAAGCUUUUCCAGCUUGCAAUUGACCCAAGGAAGAUUCCCCUCAGCUUCUUUACAUACAUGUUCCAGGGUGAGUGCGAAUGUGAAUGUAUACAUGUUUUGGUCAAUAAUAUUAACUGGUCAACAUUGCAGAUUACUGGAAUCCUCCUAAGCUCGUCAGUGCACAUAUUGACUUUACAAGGAAGUAAACAUUCCGUAAGGUGAGAUUUAAUAGAAUGAUAGUUGUAGCUAUAUUUAUUUUGAAAGAAAAUAAAUGUUUAAUAUAGGAAGGAAAUUUAACAAGUUUUUGCAUUAUGUCUAUAUUAUGGAGGGUUGAGUUUACAGUCAAGGUCAA